AUGGCGUCGGACAAAGGCGUUAGCGCCCCUCCUUCUUUCUUUGAAGCCACAAAGAUUGAGCAGCUGAGCUCUCACGCGUAUCAAGUUAACCUCAGCAAAGCCUUCUCUGUCGGUACAGUCCCCAAUGGCGGUUACACAUCUGCAUGUAUGCUCGCAGCAGCGAAGAUCCACCUUGGUUCACGUGACCAGCCCGAUACAUUGACUGCACAUUUCGAGUUUCCAAACCGAGCGUCAAUUGGGUCUGCCAUUCUCAUAAUCGAGGAUGUCAAGCUUGGUCAGCAAAUCUCCACCCUCCACCUAACACUCUGGCAGGUUGGCCUCCUUUCUCAAGCGCCAUGGGUCGAUCAAUUCGUGUCACGACGGGUGGUGCUUGCCUACACCACUCACACAAAUCUACGCACAUUCCCUGGCAUCUCAAUGCCCACAGGUUAUGAAGUAACGCAAGCUGCUGAACUCCCAUCCGUAUCUGAUUUCGAGGCUUUGAAGACCAAUGGCGCCGACGAAGUUUGGGUAAAGUCGGAACUACCGAAGCUAUACGCGACUAUGAUGCCAUCACUGGCCAAUUGGCAGUUUUACAUCCCUCGCAAAGAACCGUUAAGCCCCGGGGUGCUGGACAUGUGGAUCCGGCUGACUAGCGGUGAACCCAUCACUCAAAGCACAUUGGCAUACGUGGUAGAUUCAUUCCCAUACAACAUACACACUUUCUUGGCGGCCCCGGCACUGCGUGAGCUUCUGAAUGCGCCCCCUGAGCGGUCUGACGAUUCUGAUGUGAAGGAAAUCCGGGGAAAAGAUCAGCGGCGCUCUGAGAUGUGGUUUCCGACUGUCGUGAUGAAUAUGGAGGUGAAGAUGACUCUUCCGGACGAAGGAAUUGAGUGGUUGGCUGUUAGAGUGUCGUCAAAGCAAAUCAAAGAUGGAAAGUUCGAUCUCGAGGUUCUUGUGCGAGAUGCUAAUGGGGACAUCAUCACAUUGAGUCACCAUGUUGCGAUGAUUCUCAACAUUGUGCGAAAUACUAGGAAGAAGGGAAAGUCUAAGGCUUCCUUGUAA